AGGACAUUCCUCAUCGCAGCGGUCUCGUACGCGCAUGUCUGUUCCUUGUAAACACUGCAUCGCCUCUCACGAGUCUGCUGUCUCAUAGAGGUGUAACAAUGAAUGGGGAAGUCAUUUUCCCAGUUCCUGAAACAGCCUGUGUAUUACGAGGGUCAGGAUGGCCUCACCUCUCAUCUCGAAGACAAUGCAACAGAAGAUGGGAAGGGUGGUGACGUUUCCCAAAUUCCAUAUGUGGAGUUUACAGGAGGAGACAGUGUGACGUGUCCUACAUGUCAGGGCACUGGAAGGAUCCCUAGAGGACAGGAAAAUCAACUUGGGGCAUUAAUUCCAUACAGUGACCAAAGGCUUCGCCCAAGGAGGACGUAUACAUAUAUGCAAUCAUAUGUACCCCUGUCAUAUUGGAAUGAAAGUGUAGGCUACACCUUUCUCAUAACCACUAGGUGGGGGUGGUAUUUUGGAACAUCACCAAUAACAAUCACCAAUAAGAACAUCACCAAUAACAACUACUACUCAGUCGAGGGGGCCACUAUCACAGCUCAGGUGGAGUUUGUCAACACUGUGAUUGGCAAAUCUCGCAUCACUAACGCUACUGCCAUUGGCCCUCUGGACAUGAAACAGAUUGAUUAUAUGGUUCCCACCGUCAUAGCAGAUGAGAUGAGCUACAUCGACUACUGUACUCUACAAUCCAUCAAGGUUCACAACAUAGUCUUCAUGAUGCAAGUGACGGUCACCACCACGUACUACAGCCAUGCUGAGCGAGUGUCACAGGAGAUGGACCAGUAUGUCGACUGUGGAGGGAACACCACGUCCAACACCGGAAUGACCAAUCCGUUUAGCAUCCCACAUCCAGAGUAGCGAACCACCUGACACUAACACUGCAAGCAUUUGAAGUCUUUCGUGGUUCACUGGUAUCCUAUUUGCUUCCUGCCCCUUAGAUGAAUUAUCACAGGUUUUGAAUGAUUUCAACAAAAGAAAUCCAUACUGACAAAUGUGAAUCAACCCAGGGAAGCUUUUCUUGACACUUGUCAUGACGAAUUGGAAUGUCUCUUGUGAAUACGACCACAAUAAUACUUCCAGAAAUAGGUACCUAUAAGGUUUGUAACAAGUAAAAUCAUCAAUAUGGCAGCAUGCUAGAACAGUGGUUAGCAUAGCUGCUUCACAGUUGCGAGGUUCUGGGUUCAAAUCUUGGCUCAGGCCCUCGCGUGGAUUUUACAUAUUGUCCCUAUUCUUGCGAGGACUUUCUUCGGUUCCUCUGGCUUCCUGCUGCAUGCAACAACUUACAUGUUAGGUUAAUGGAAGACUGUAAAUUGUCUACAGUUGGGAUUGUGAGUGUGAAUAGCUGUUUAUUUGUGCAAGCAGUCCAGGGCAAAGCCGUAGAAAACCAAGUCUGGACAGUGACAUGCGCCGGUGCCAUAUUGUCACCCAGCUUGACAUGGCAUCACUAUGCAAUGCAACAUGAUGCAAUUGAUUUCCAAAAUGUACAAGAAGAUGGAUGGAAGGAAGGGAUGUUUUCCACAAAAACCUCACAAUAUAUAUAUUUAAUGUUCAUAUUUACCAGUCAAUAAAAUUUUAGCAAGUUUGAGUUGAAACUGUCAUGUCACCAACCAGUAGUAUCGCUAGUUAUUGCAGUAUACACGAGGAGUCCGCUACCUGUUUUCCGGGUUUGAUCACGUGACGUUCCUGACGCAAGUUCCUGUGAUGAUAAUUUUGGUCGACAGCAGAGGGCGAUAUUGCCCAACAUGCCGGCCCCCGGAGAUGGAUGAAAAUUGAUUAAUUAAUUUGUUUCAUUCUUAUUACACGAGCGCAGUAUUAAUCAGAAUGCCUUUUUUAGACUUGUGGUGGCAAAAAACAAAAAAAAAUUGAAAGUCCCCACUUUACUGUAGUUCCCCUUUAAUUACUAUACAGUAUGAUCAAUAUGGGGUUUAAUGCCCACAAGCGUCACCUUUCUGUUUUUCGGGAAACGAUGCAUCUGCACGCCCUGGUCGGUAUGAGUUGUAUGACUGCCUACAGUCACACAACAAACUAUUUUGUCCAAAAUUGCCAAACUCCACUUAGAAAACGAGAAAAACUGAUCAAGGCGAACAUACGGAAAUGUGAGGAUUGGAAACCUUGGCUGAAAACAUGGCGUCCAUAAAGAGAGUGACAUGGAUUUAAGCAAUGACAGAGAAGUGUGGUGAGUUCAAAAGUGUCCAGACUGUGUUUUCUACGACUUUGGUCUGGGUCCUGUGUACGUACCCUGCCUCUUGUCCAAAGUCAGCUCGGAAAAGGCUCCAGCACACCUGCCAGUGGUAUAGAAAAUGGAAGAAAAGUUAAACACAGCUGAAUUGUUACAAAAUGUGUAUAUGAUGACUAUAGAGAUUAGUAACUAGCCAUUUUUAUAACACAACAUUUUUACACCCCGAAACCCCUCUUAUGAGUACAACAGUGUGUUUGUUAACUCAUGACAUUUGUAUCGUAUUCCUGUAAAAGAAAUCUGACUUGACCUACAAAUUUGUUUUUUGUUUCGUUUCAAAAUGCAUUUGGUUCACAUUCAUUUAAUCAACAAUAAUUAAAAAAAACAAAAAACGUUUUACAUGCGAGCAAAUUUAAGUGACAGCAUGAUUUUUUUUUUUUUUUUUUUUGGUAAUUCAUUGGCCAUGAUUUAUGGUUUAUGAUUUGUCUACUGUAUUUUAUCAUUGAAAAAUCUCACGGCACACCAACAAACAAAAAUGUGACAAAAAGUGGACACAUUAAUUACUGUAUGUAUUUCCUGCCAUCUAAUAGCAGAGCAUUUAUUUGUUCUGUCUGUCACUUUGCCUCACUGGCAUAAAUAGAUGAAUAAAGAUACAUUAUUUCUUGGAAAUAAAGAAUUUUUUUCGAGCAAUUAAAUCAAAUUUGGUAUCUCCCACGGCACACCUGAAGAGCGCUCCCAGCACGGUAAUGUGCCCCGCACACUGGUUGGGAAUCGCUGCUUUACUGGCAUCAUAGUGGAGUGGCGGUUAACAUGUCUGCCUCACGAUCGAGAGGUUUUGCUUCUGAUUCUAAACUCUGGGUCCCCUGUGUGGGGUUUGCAUGUUCUCUCUGUAGUUGACUGGGUUUUCGCAGGUUAGCUUGGAUAGGCUCUAGUUCAAUGGAUACUUAGGUCAAGCCAGUGGUGUUGGUAGGCCUGAAGCCCCACAAAAGAAAUCUCAAGAUGCCCCCCAAAAAAAAUUUGGUAGUAUGUUUAUGGCGAAGUUCUAUUGUCAUAGCCCCCCUAAAACUAUACAAUAUAUACAAUACCCCUAUCCCCCGUCGGCGAUUGGUUUUGAGGGUAACAAAACAAAAAUGUACGGGGGGCGGGGGCAAAGCCACCCUAACCGUCAAAACCUAGCCCCCUAACCCCCUUGGUUAAGCAAAAUAUAAAAUAGAUUGAUGCUUUUACCUGCUGAGCCAUAAGUGAAGCAGAAAACAAGUUGUUAAUGGCCAAAUUAGAACCUGAUGAAGCUGAGAUGUAACUGUCAAUAAUGCACUUUGGAGUACAGUAUUUCUAAAUUGCAUUAUCAGCAUCAUGUUCCCCUCAAGCUAAUUCGUCCAGCACAGUAUGUUGGUAGCAAACUUUUGCUGUGUUAUUAAAGAAUGCAGACGCCAUUACAUUAUGAAAAUAGCAAUGUUAAGCUUGUUUAUUUGACCGCACUUUUAUCACUGGACUUUGUGUGCACUAUUCAAGUGGAACCUCGAUUUAACAGACUAAAAGUGGCGGGGGGUGCGUCCGUUACAGAUGAUUGUCCAUUAUAUUGAAGCCCUUUUUUUCACGGCCUAAAUACAACGAUACAUGUCAAAAAACUAAAGUUUUAAACUUUUUUUCAUGGCCUAAAACACACAAUGGAGUAAAAAAAUUACUGUAAAUAAAUAUAAACUUACCUCUUCCGGGAGGUAUUUGAACCCUGGGUUGCCAUUUUCUCGAGCGCAGCGAGCCACCACGCAAGCACAUGAGUAAUUAACAUGCGAUUUGCAUGCAUCCAGGUGCAAGUAGAGUAGCAUGUGGCUCACCACACCAGUCCCUUACGUCACAUAUCUGUUAAAUUGGUGUCCGUUAAAACAAGGUUCCACUGUAUACAUACAGUAUAGUGUAAUUUGUUGUUUCUUAAAGUACUUCCCACUUGGGUUAAUUGGGGUCUUUUUGCAGUUGGAUUAUUUUUCACAAUGGAUUGCAGUAGAACAAACCGUUGCUUGCAUGGCGACAUUUUAAAAUUUGGGGGAUAAAUAUACGUUAAACACCAUCAAAAAUGAUUUCCUUGUAUUUCAACCCAUUGCAGAGUCCUCUUAAGACUUUUUUUCUUCUUGUAAUUGUAAUAACAUUUUGCUGAAUGUUGUUGGUAGGUAUAAGCAAUGUACCCUUUCACCACUGAUGCAUCACCAGCUCAUUUUAUUUAUAAAAAGAAUUGCACAUUUUUUUCUGACAUUUGCAUUAUUUAUUUUCUGUACUAAAAAUUUGCUGUCCUGUUAAACCUUGAGAUUUUCUCUUCAAAGCUGUCGUUGAACAACAUUUGGUAUAUACAACCCCAAUUCCAAUGAAGUUGGGACCUUGUGUUAAACAUAAAUAAAAACAGAAUACAAUGAUUUGAAAAUCAUGUUCAGCCUAUAUUUAAUUGAAUACACUACAAAGACAAGAUAUUUAAUGUUCAAACUGAAGAACUGUAUUGUUUUUAGCAAAUAAUCAUUAACUUAGAAUUUUAUGGCUGCAACACGUUCCAAAAAAGCUGGGACAGGUGGCAAAGUUGAGGAAUGCUCAUCAAACACCUGUUUGGAACAUCCCACAGGUGAACAGGCUCAUUGGGAACAGGUGGGUGCCAUGGUUGGGUAGAAAAGGAGCUUCCCUGAAUUGCUCAGUCAUUCACAAGCAAAGAUGGGACGAGGUUCACCUCUUUGUGAACAAGUGCGUGAGAAAAUAGUCCAACAGUUUAAGGACAAUGUUCCUCAACGUACAAUUGCAAGGAAUUUAGGGAUUUCAUCA